AUGGACGAUUCGGACGACGACUAUGUCAAAAGUCAAGACGAAAUUCUCACCUUCGUCGACACCGACGACUGUGCAAUGUCCGCGGCCACUCAGGAUUCUCAAUUUGAUUUGGAUAAUCAAUUCAGUGUUCCCACUCAAAGUUCACAGACCACCGAUUUGCUGCAAGGGACCGAUGGUACCAGUGAUUUGCCGUUCCAUGACGUUGAAGACGAAUCGGAUAGUGAAAAAUCGCUAACAGAAGAUCAAGCGAAGUUGCCAGAGCAUGCUUGUCGUUACUGCGGAAUCUCGGAUCCACUGUGCGUCGCAAAGUGUACAGUCUGCAUGAAAUGGUUCUGUAAUUCCAACGAUGGAACCCCAGGAGGUCAUAUUGUACAUCAUAUGGUCAGAAGUCAACAUAAAGAGGCCUACACCCACAAGGAUUCUCCAUGCGGUGAUACUCAACUUGAAUGUUAUCGGUGUGCCUCGAAGAACGUCUUCAACCUCGGUUUCAUUCCGGGAAAGAAGGAUCAAGUGGUUGUGAUAAUCUGUCGUACACCAUGUGCAAAUCUGGCAUUUCAAAACGACGAUAACUGGUCGCCAGAAGACUGGAAAUCGGUUAUCGCUGAGAAACAGCUGCUUUCGUGGAUUGUCAACGUGCCAAGCGAGGAGCAAGUAGCAAGAGCUAGGAAGAUUACAGCUCAGCAAGCAAUACGUCUCGAAGAACUCUGGCGCGAGCAUCCAGAAGCGACACUCGACGACCUGAACAGACCAGGACUCGAUAGAGAGCCGGAUCACGUCCAAUUGAAGUACAUGGACGCUCAUCAGUACGCCAAGAUUUUCCGUCCGCUUGUCGCCAUUGAGGCAGAAUACGAUCGUCGGAUGAAAGAAUCAGCAUCACAAGCAGUGGGAACUGUUCGUUGGGAACACGGACUCCGGCAAUCCGUUCUUGCCUUUUUCCAUCUCCCACAAUUCGCUGAUGGGGUCAUGAAACUCGCUAAAGGAGAUGAAUUGCGGUUGAAGCAUAACCAAACAGUGGAUGGUUCGGAAUGGAGUAGGAUUGGAAGUGUUAUGAAGAUUCCUGAUAACCACAGUGAAGAAGUUGGAAUUGAGAUUCGCGGCCAGGUUGAUCGAUCCGUUAUGGAGAGUCGUAUCAUGUUCACUGUUGACGUCGUUUGGAACGCUACCACCUUCCAUCGUCAGUACAAUGCUCUGGAUGCUCUUGUCAACGACCAGAAGUCUGUAUCUCCAUACCUUUAUCACAAGCUUCUCGGAAAACCAUUUGAUGAAAUGAUGCUCAAGUUCGAGCUUCCUCGUCGUUUGUCUGCUCCAGGACUUCCGGAUCUGAACAGCUCCCAAUCGCAAGCUGUGAAGCAAGUGCUUACCCGGCCACUCAGUCUUAUUCAAGGACCACCAGGAACUGGAAAAACUGUCGUUUCUGCCACUAUUGUCUAUCAUUUGGUACAGAAGACUGAGGGAAAUGUGUUGGUUUGCUCGCCGAGUAACAUUGCAGUUGACCAUUUGGCUGAGAAGAUUCACAAAACAGGACUUAAAGUUGUCAGAUUGUGUGCGCGUUCUCGGGAACACUCUGAAACCACUGUGCCUCAUUUGACGCUUCAACAUCAAUUGAAAGUAUUGGGAGGACCGGAACUCAAGAAAUUGAUUCAGUUGAAGGAGGAAAUCGGAGAGCUGGAAUCGAAAGACGACCUGCGGUAUCGUCAAUUGAAACGUGUCAAAGAGCAUGAACUUCUGGCAGCUGCUGACGUCAUCUGCUGCACGUGCUCUUCAGCAGCCGACGCAAGAUUGAGCAAAAUCCGAACAAGAACUGUUUUAAUCGACGAGAGUACACAAGCCACGGAGCCUGAAAUCUUGGUUUCUAUCGUGAGAGGAGUUCGUCAAUUGGUUCUCGUCGGAGAUCAUUGUCAACUAGGACCAGUUGUCAUUUGCAAAAAGGCAGCGAUCGCUGGACUCAGCCAGUCUCUUUUCGAGCGGCUAGUACUUCUUGGCAUCCGCCCAUUCCGUCUUCAAGUUCAAUAUCGUAUGCACCCAGUGCUCUCCGAGUUCCCAAGUAACGCCUUCUAUGAUGGAAGUCUUCAGAAUGGUGUCACAGAGAAUGAACGGCAAAUGAAGGGCAUCGACUGGAGUUGGCCGACGCCAAGCAAGCCAGCUUUCUUCUGGCAUUGCAGUGGAGCUGAGGAACUUUCAGCUUCGGGAACCUCUUUCCUGAAUAGAACUGAAGCUGCGAAUGUGGAGAAGCUAGUGUCGAAAUUGAUCAAAGGAGGAGUUGAACCACGUCAAAUCGGAGUCAUCACACCUUACGAAGGUCAACGCAGUUUCAUAGUCAACUACAUGCAAACACAAGGAACGCUGAACUCGAAGCUCUAUGAAGGUGUUGAAAUCGCCAGUGUCGACGCAUUCCAGGGACGUGAGAAGGACUACAUUAUUGUGACUUGUGUUCGAUCCAAUGAUAUACUCGGAAUCGGCUUCCUUAGCGAUCCUCGGCGUCUGAAUGUGGCUAUCACUCGUGCAAAAUAUGGAAUCGUGGUUGUUGGAAAUGCUAAAGUGCUCUCAAGACAUGAGUUGUGGUAUGAGCUGAUCAAUCAUUAUAAGAAGAAGGAUAUGUUGUAUGAGGGACCAAUUAGUGCAUUGAAACCAUUCACAAUGACACUUCCAAAGCCAAUUCAGAAGGCGAAGAACAAUAUUGCGGGAGCCAACAACCGCUUCGGCAUCAAACGAAUGCAAUACACUUAUAAUGAGUACAAAGUUGUCGAUCCAUCGCAACCACGUCUUCCACCAACCUACGCGAAUACGCAGAAUCUUCUCAGCAUGAGCAAAUCGUCUAGAAAUUUCAAUCAGAAUGUUCCGGUGCCGGCUUAUAUGAUGGAUCCAUUGAUUUAUGCUGCAAGGGGACAGAAAGAUCGUCGUCGUGAGCAACGCCGUCAACAAGCCGAAGCAAUGGAUUUCUCCCAAGACAUGUCCCAAUCGCAAGCGAACUACGGCCCAGGAGCCUCCCAAUCGCAGUCUCAAUCCCAGUACAUGGACGGCUCCUCGCUAUCCGCAUGGUCGCAAUCUCAAACCAGACCACGUCGAGGAUACCAAGGAUCCACUCAGCAGAUGUCUCAAGAUAUGGACGAUAUGGAGCAGAAGAUGUCCGAUUUGCUGAUGUCGCAAGACUGUUGA